AGCAACUGUCUCGACGUACGCUUUAUAGCUUCAAAAUGGUGUAGAAGACUUGAAAUUAUUUUGAAAUUAGGCCUAACGUUGGAGGUAAAUCUACAAUUCUACGUUGUAUUUUUCCAGUCCUACACGUUUUCAACAAGAUACUGAACAGAUUGAAUUUACUUGAUAGAUUUGUACAGUGAAUGAAAGAUGGAAGGCGAUGAAACAAGUUUCUUGCGAGAUCAAGUCCAGAGACUGAGUGCUGUUCUUCAACGAUAUCAAGAGAAGUAUGGACCUCUGGAAAAGAAGGAAAUGGAAAGCCUUUAUCAUCAGGGUGACCCAGGUGCUCCAUGGCUUACAAGUAGAACAAUGCUGUCUCCAUUGAUUGCAGAGUACGACAGGCAAAUAACGGAACUGUCUCAGCAAAUUGGCGUAUAUAAGGUUGAGAUGAGAGACCUACAGACCAAAGUAGACAAACUAGUCAGGGAAAAUAGCAGAUUACAUCAAGAACUAAAAUCUGUGGUGGACGGACAGCUAGAAACAAUUCAGUCAGGCUUGAGAGGAGACCACAGUGAAGAGGUUGCUGAGAAAGAACUUGUUGAUAAUUUGAGGAAACAGAUUGAGCUCUUAGAAAAGGAAAGAGAAACAGCUAAUGAGAUGUGGCAAGAAACAGUACAUGAAUUAGACAGACUUGCUGCAGAACAUAGGGAUAUGUUAGGAAACUCCAAAGCCCAAGUGUCUACUCACCAUGCGAUAGAAGCUAAAGGAGUUGCUCUUAUGAGAGAUAAUCAACUGCUCAGGGAUAGUAAUUACAAACUAGAAACUGCAAACAGGCAUCUCCAGGAUGUUGUUACUGCACAGGGCCGGGAGAUUGAAGGUAUGAGAGAUCAACUGAGAACAGCUAAGGGUGAUCUUAAGACAACAGCUAUCCAACUCAAAGAUUUCACUUCUAUGAAAGAGACGUUGGAACAGCAGUGUCGGGCAAAGGACAAGGAUCUCGGUGAGCUCCGUAGUCGGGUACAGUCCUAUGAGGGAAGGAUACCAGGUCUCCAGGAAAGGAUCAAGGAGCUGGAGCUUAACAUGGAGCUGAUCUCACAAGAGAACAUGAGAUUACAAGGAGCUAGGAAGGAGCUUGAAGACAGGAUUAAAUCUCUUCACCAGAGAUGCUCAGAUGCUGAAUCUCGUGAAUAUGAAGCAACAGUUCAAGUUAGAGAGAGCAUACAAAUGUCUGAAAAUGCAUUGUUGGAAAAAGACCAGGCAAUGAUCCGAGAGCAACAGACUGAAGAGGAGGUAAGAAGAUUACAGGAUGCUAUGGGUAAACUGGUCGACGAGGCUGGAAAAAGAACGAGACAAGAAGUAGAUAGCAUCAGAAAGCAAUGUAAUUCAAAUAUUGCUAAGCUCAUGGAGGAGGUUACAGCUUUAGAAACGGAGAAUGCUGAAAAGCAGGCUGAGAUAGAAAGAGCUAUCAGAGAGAAAAGGGCAGUAGAACAUGAGCUUGAACAGGUGUAUAAAGAAGGCACCGCUGUUACUGGAGAUCAACGUAUUAAUGAGUUACAGAACAGGAUCAUUGCGAUGGAAAGAUUAAAAGAUGAAAGCUUGAUACGAGCUCAACAGAUGGAGAAAAGCAUGCAGAGACAGGAACACAGCCAUGAAGAAGAGAAGUCUAGGAGUCUCCUGGUGACUGAUCAGCUUAGAGGACGACUGGAGAAGCUGUCCAGGGAAUGCGAGACCUUAUCUGAUGAGAGACUGAGAUUGAUGGAAGAUAACGGUGACCUCAAGAAGAAGCUGAUAGAAUUCCGCAGAGAAAAGGAGGAUACAGAGAGAUCAGCAGCUAAAGAUUUGAUCGGUGUAGAGCAUGAGAUGAGUAUGAUGAGAAGAGAAUAUGAAGCUCGUCUAGAGAGCGUUGAGGAGAAUAGUAGACAGUCUACAAAGGAACUCAGACAGAUGGUCCUAUCUCAGCAAAAGAUGAGCUCAAAAUGGAAAGAAGAGUGCAGAGUCCUUGGUCAGAAGUUUGAAGGAAAGAUAUCAGAAUUAAGAUCGCAACUGACUAUGCAAAAGAAGAGAAAUGAAGAUCUGACCAAUCAAAUUCAUCAACUUAAACAACAGAACAUACAGAGUGAGCAGGUUGUAUCGGAUCAAAUGGAUGUUAAUAGGAAGUUACGUCAGAAAGUAGAAUCAGCUGAACAACAGGCUACAGACGUUACUAGGAAGUUAACAGAUAGAUCAUCUAGAGAGAGAAGGCUAGCCCAUGAUAAGAAGCAACUCCAGGCCCAACUGGACAAGAUCAGAGCAGAACUCGGUAGAUCAGAUAGAGGAGGCCACAUCCCUGUGCAUCUGACCACAUCACAUCUGAAUAGUACCUACAAUCACCAUAGACCAAACUAUCCAUCAGGCGGGUUUGUGAGACAGAGAUCAUCAUCGAUAGCUAGCUCCGUCCAUAGCUACAAGUCAUCUCAUAGUAGAAGCUCUUCACCUGAAUUGAGUACAUGAUAAACUAUCCAUCGGGCGGGUUUGUGAGACAGAGAUCAUCAUCGAUACCUAGCUCCGUCCAU